AUGACUAAAAGGUUGAGUAUAACGGAAAAAAUAGGACGUAAACCCGCGUCCCGGGCUUGCGUGUUUUGUCACUCCAAACAUCUUCAAUGCUCCAAUGAGAGACCAUGUCGAAAUUGUGUGAAACGAGAUCUUGGCCAUGAGUGUCAAGAUGUAGUUCGAAAAAGCGCAAAGUAUAUGAAGCAUGGACAAAGGGUAAGACAAUCGAGUUCCUCGGAAGGCGAAUCAAUCCUGGUAUCUCGAGAUGAAAUAAAUCCACCCCUGAACAUAAAACAGGAAGACGAGUAUGAUCAAAACCCUAUGCUAAAUACAACCAAUGAUGUACUACAUCGAAUAUCUAGUGGAUCACGAGUGCUAGACCUUGGCCCUCGACUACUGGAACAAACCACCCCUGGCAGUAUAGAUAUGUUCAAUUCAAACUAUUUAAAUCAAGAAUAUUUAAUGCUUGGUGAUAUUAUUUUGCAUUCCAAGCCAUCUUCUCCAUCACCAUCAAACACAAGCUCCUCUGAAGUCCAAGCAUAUGUGCUGGGGGGUGCUCCCUUUUUGGGAUCUAGUAAUAGCCACCAGAUGAAUAUCCAACCAACUCACAAGCACAAGGACUCGAGACCAUUCAUAUCCUUGGGUUUUUCCAAACCCGAGGAUGUUUUAGGAGGUCUCCCACCACAACCAGACGUUCAACAGGAAAACCCAUUGGAUAAUAAGGCUGAAGGUCCCUUCCGAGUCAAUAAUCAAAUAAUGAUGGGUAAGAAACAAUCGUUGUCAUCUGGAACUUCGAGUAACACUACGACAAGUUAUAUGUCGCCUCUUGCUAGUCAUCAUUUAUAUCAACGUGUUCAAGAUAUCUAUGCGAAAAACAUUGUUCACUUUGAUUAUCCACAUUCAUAUCAUUCCCUUACAUACUUUCUUAAACAAAGAUUCCUGGGGAAUGAUCUUUCUGCUGAGGCUAAACAGAAAAAGAGAGCCAACCUUCUAGUGAUUCUUAAGCUUAUUGCCAGUUAUCGUCCUACGUUCAUAUCUGCUCACAAAUCACUCCUCAAGCCAUAUGACCUUCAAUUUUUAGAAAUGUCAUUCCAAAGAUCACUUUUAGAUUGUGAAAAGUUGGCUCAACUUAAUCUGACGCCUACCAUCAUAUGGAGACGUACAGGAGAGAUUGUGUCGUUAUCAGACGAUUUACUCAGUUUAUUGGGCUACAAGGUGCGUGAAAUAUUAUCUAAACGGACUUUCAUAAUGGAAUUAAUGUAUGAUGACGAGUCAAUUGUUAAUUACUUCAAAUUAUUCAAAUCAGUUGCUGUGGGCAAUUUACAUCUGAGUAUCUUUACUAAAUGUAAAUUAUUAAAGAAAAAUAACCUAAAUAAUCCUGAAUCUUCCGAAUCUCAUGAUGAUUACAUUGAAUUUUGUUCUGUUUGGACAGUGAAACGUGACUUAUUUGACCUCCCCAUGUUAAUUGUCGGUCAAUUCCUUCCAAUUUUACCCGCUGGUGAGGGUGUACGGAUGUACUGA